CAUUUGGAGUUAAGGUCCAAAUGACCUAUCUACUUUAUCAACUGCAGGUAAGAGGUUCCCAGCAGUCCCAUUAAUGAUUUCUCUAAUAACUACAGAUCUGCUCCUUGGCCAUUUCCAUCUGCCUGCAUCAAUAAUGGAACUAACCUUUGCAUUGAGAGAACUCCCAAAGUUGAAAGCAAAUUUUUCCCCCAAUUUCUGAAAGAGAGGACUUUAGUAUGCCAGUUAUCCCACCAUAGAAAUGUUACCUAACCAUUGCCAACAAUAGUUUGAAUGAAUUGUUGGCCCUCACGUCUAAGGCCAAAUAUUUUCCUCAUUGUCCAGGAGGAAUCUGCUGGAAUAUGUAUGGAGCAAAAGCAUUUAGAUCUGAUAAUGAAGGUAUGGAUCCAUUUCACCCAUAGGAUGCCCUCCUUUUUGCAAAUGGCCCGAAGGUGCCUUAACAUGGCAGCCUUAUUCCAUUCCUUGAGCCUCUUGAAACCAAGACCUCCCUCAAGUUUAAGCUGCAACCUUAAUCCUUGGUGUUAGUGAAUUGUCCUUGAUAAGUGUGAAGCAAAGUCCCGAAUUGCCUUCGAUAAAAGUAAUUGCGGUGUACAAGUGUUGGACACCCCUCACCUCAAUAGCUAGCUUUUGGUUGAGUUACCAAGACCGUGUCAAACAGGAUCAGCUGGAGUACCCGGAAAUGGGGGUGUAUUUUCCUGGCCUCCAAGUAGAGAGGGUUAAGAAAUGGGAAGGAAAUGAAUUGCCUGAGUAGGAGGAACACCAAGUAAGAUCAAAGAAACUAACACACGAAAGUACGGUCACUGGUGCCUAAUCUGAGCUCUCCGUCUUAGAAGAGAGUGUGGUUCUAUUGGGCAACGUUUAACUGAGAGGGCACCCGCACCUUAAUAUUAGCUUUUUGGGAUGAGCUCUAUCGAAAAUCAUGACAUGUGCAUGGAUAUAUGUCUCUAUAUGUAUAGCAUAGAUGUUUGUAUGUAUCUGUAUUGAUGCACGAAUGGUGAAUACUGGAAUGGCUGUUUGGUCGUGAAAGAAUGAAGGCAACUUAAAUAUCUAUAUACGUGGUAAUGUAGUUUUAGUUUUGAAACAAAUCAGAGCAUAGAAGACGAGUCCUGCUUGUAGGAAAGAAAAUGAGAUAUUUCUGCAAAACGACAUGCAGGGCUGGGGCCAGGGACCUUUCCGCUCCUCUCUUCCUCUUUGCCUGCUUGGUGUGAUAAUUGAGGGAUUCUAAGAUCUCAUAUGAGAGAUGAGACUACUUCUGUUCUCCUCUCUUCUACUUUCUGCUUUGUUAUUAACUUGCUACCGGUUCCUGAUAAUCACUUUUUCAGCGUUGAAAAAGGUCAUACUGAAAAGCCAAUGCUUCCCUGCAUCAAAGUUUUUGUCCUGGCAACCGAAAAAUCACAGAAGGAUUACAACAUUUUGUUCCGACUAUGAAAGCUAUGAGAAGGAUGGUUACGAAUCUGCAAUUUGAUCUUUUGAAGUAUGUCAUGAUUUUGAUGGUGAAAGCAGCAGCAGGGGCAUCAAAUCUUGCCAGAGCAAUAUCUGUUUGUUCGGUGUUUAUGAAGGUUGCUGAAGACAUAGAUGUCCUGAAAGCUGCAUGUUUCGAUGAUGUGAAUGUCUCAAAUCGACAUGGCUUAUUCCAGCGAACAAAUGGGUUGUUAUACAGAUGUGCACAAGUUGGUAAUGCAGGUGCUCAGUAUGUGCUAGCAAAGAUUGUACUGUUGAGCUCUUCUCGGUUGUUGGAUAUGGAAAAUGAAGGUGCAAUUUUGUCUAGUGAUUGUAGCCUGAUAAGAAAGUCAUGUUGUGGCAAAAUUCCAAUGGAUGAUGCUUUAGUGGCUUCCUUUAUGUUGUCCCAUUUUUCCCCUGACCAAGGAUGUAGUACAACAGUUUCGUCCCAAACCUUGGUCCACUCUCAACUUGGGUUCAUAUCUCCUCCAUUUGAUUGAUCGAAUGUGUGAAGGGAAUCGUGUGAGAGUUACCAAAGAUGUGAUUUGGAACUCUACAAAAACAAUCUUGCAAGUUGAAAUCAAACGUGUGUACGAGCGAUCAAGGCAAGGCAAGGGAGGUAUUCUGUGGUUUGAACUGUGCAAGCAAUACAAAGGAUGAUCACAGAUCUACAUGUUGAUCUUUUGAAGUGUAUCAUGAUUUUGAUGGUGAAAUCCUCUGACGGGGCAACAAAUCUUGCAAGAGCAAUAUCUGUUUGUUCAGUGUUUUCGAAGGUUGCUGAUGACGCUGAUGUCCUGAAAGCUGUAUGUUUCCAAGGCGUUAGUGUUUAUAAUCGUGGUGGGUUAUUCCAACAGACUAAUGGGUUGUUACACAGAUGUGCUCAAGUUGGCAAUGCAGCUGCUCAGUAUUUGCUAGCAAAGGUAAUACUCAUGAGCUCUUCUCAGUUGUUGGCCACCGUAAUGAAAGUAGGGCAUACUUCUUCUGGUAGUCGAAGGGUAAUAUUAACAGAAUGUCUUCACAAAAUGCCACGAGAUGAUGCCCAAGCGGCCAAUUUUAUGGCCCUUUUUGCCCCUGACCAAGCAUGCAGUACCAAAAAUUCGAGCCAAACCUUGCUUCACUCAGAACUUGUGAGGAAUUUCUUGUGUCAAUGCAGUGCCCACGAGGCCACUCUGAUGCAUUUGCAUUUGAAUGAUUACAUCGAUUGUUUCAGUGAACGUGGCUCCAGGGGCAACUUUGUUCUGCACUAUCUCAUCAACAAAAUGUGUCAUUACGGUCAUCGUGUCAGAGCAUUAGACGAUGAAACUUUGGAGGAUAAGAGAGAAAUGAAAGAAGUGUUCAUGGAAAACAUGGAACGUCUAACAGCAUGGAAAAAAUCAAGGCAAAGCAACCAAGGUGUUGUCCCGGGAGGAAACCUCGAGGACUAUGUACAGCCUCCCGAGGAAGAAUGGUACUUGCGUUCGAAUCGUGUAUUUGCCCACCAAACUUAUGUUUCUAUUGAAGAAUUGCCGUUCGAGAGCUUGGAUGUUCUCUCGGAGUUUGAAGACAGCCGCAUCAGUGCACUAGCUUGUUUUUGUCAUGUUUUCUCUUGAAUGUGUCUCUAAGUUUAUGGCAAUUAUUGCCUUGCAUUUGAAGAACUACAAAUACUUGCAACCCUUUUCUAUCUUACCUGCUUUGUAAA